GAGACUUCUACUGUGUAACUGGACCAGGAUAGCAGAAAUGAAGGUCCAACUAAGCGUGGUAUUCUUCGUUCUAAGUGGAUUAUUCGCAACAACAGUUCUAUCGGAAGAAAUCGAAGUGACCGAGAAAAGUCUAGAGAAUGGCGAAGAGAUCAGCAGUAGAAACAAUGACAAAAUCAGUGAAGAAAACAGCGAAACCUCGGCCAGUAGUAACAACAAGAAUGUCACGACUUAUAAGAACAAUUGGUCUUCAGCACCUCAGCCGGAAGACAUUCAAAGGAUUAUAACCCCGGUCAUUAUUACGUCACCUCAUGCGGACCGGAAAAACAAUUUCUCUGCAAGCCCCAUGCUGGACGCCAUCUACAACCCAGAGUAUUACCAACUUAACCACGAACACUACCUGAAAACAGCUCAGAAACAUAACUCCCACACUUCCGAGCACCACUACUCGCCCACAGAAGGAGAUGAUGGGCAGAAGAAGCAUCAGUAUUCACAACCCCUGCCACCUGACCUUUUCCUUGCUCAGCAGUAUCUGAAAGUCCAGCAGCUGAAGGAACAAGAACGAAGUAACAAGCAGGGCUUCCCAAAGCCAGCUCUACCUGAAGCCAAAAGUAAUGGUUACAACUUUAACAGUGAUAGCAUAUCAUACAAGCCUUUGAAAUUUGAUACCGAUAUCCCAUCCAUCUUAUUCACUUCAGACAAAGGAUCGUCUAUGACGAAAGACAGUGGGUAUGACAGCAAAGAAGUUCCUUUCCAAUAUACUCUGCCGACUCCAAUGAAGGGUAACACCCACCCUUACCCAUACCAGAGUCCGUUCUUCAGCGGUGAGACUGACAUGGAACCUCCGACCACCUCGAGUAGCUCUACAGCCGCCAAACACUAUCAAGCGGGCAGCUGGAUAGAUGGCUACAAGACCGGCAUCACCUAUCAGGAAGGGGAGAAGACGAGUAUGUGGAAGAAAGUGUUGAACAUGCUGGCAGCUUUCAUACCACUCGGUCUGUUCCUAGCAGCUUUGCCCCCCAACAUUCUGACCAUCAACACCACGCAGCCGGAUCUACCGGGCCGUCUACGUUCAGUGGACCACGAGGAUUCUGGCAAAACUAAUUCUAUGUCGUUCCCCAUCCUUGAUUUGUUGGACAAGUAUGGGAUCGACUCUCUUGAUGACCCAGAGUGUGAAAACCGGAUAUUCUGCGAAAUGUCACGGCUGGGAGGGGAGCCAAGCGGAAACGUUGUCCAGAAAGCCUUUUGGCACCUUGCGCAUGACACCCCUGAUAAGACAGCGGAUGACAUGGGGAUGAAAGAACUAUUUAAGGCAGUGCGAACAAAUGCCUGCGAUAUCUACAGAUGUAAAGAACAGAAGCAAACUACAAUUACAGCCCCAACACCAAUACUGAAAGAAGAGAAACAGUAGUAAACGAAAAUGUAUAUUAGAGAUAACCACAUAGUAUUUCAGUACAACAUGAAAAUAGGCCACGACCGAAAUUUUCGAAAACUAUUUCUACUCAUUAUUCAAGAUGACUCUCCCAUAUAGAUGAUUUUACUUCUACAGGUGAAAGAGAAUGAAUAAGUAACCAAAGAGCAGAGCUGAAUACAGACAUCGUCUUAACUUGUAAGAUAUGCUCCUCUGCUGAACAUCUCUGUUUGUUAUAACUUGCGACAAUCUGGUAGCAACUUGUCGAUUUAUCAAUCAAUUUAAGCAGGCUUCUCAGCCAAAGUUCUAACAAAGUCUUACGUGCAAGAUUAUCUAAGUUUUAUGUAGCUUAUUCAGGGUAGCCGGGAUAACUCACUCACAGUAAUCAAUGGAUAAAGGCUGGACACAAGGCAUUUGAUUCCGGUCAGAGAUCUUUGCACCACAUUUAGGUCGACUUCUAUUCAAUAGGUACCACGAGCUCUUCGAGUGUUCAGCUAACUCACUUCUAUCUAACGUCAGGGUUAAAAAUUCGUAGUCCUAUAUCCACUCACCGGUACGUCUUCUUGAUGUGGUGCUUAAUCACGUACAGGCACAAGUUCAGUGUAUUACGCGCUAAAAUUUUAGUUUUAAAUGAAGAAAUAAAAACCCCUGUAUACAUGACUGUCUUCAUAUACUACAUAGUACAAUAAUUAUAGACUUAGCGGUAAAACAUUUUACAUUAUUAUAAUAACCUGAACUGAUAAUCAAAAUAUACGUAUGUUGUUGUAGUUUUAUAUUUAUG